GCACAGAAUGUGAAGAAAACUUGGAGCUUUUUUCCAAAGACUAGAAACUCAUGAAAAUCCCAGGAAAUCCAACAGUGCUUUAGUUCUAGUGAAGGAGGAGGAUGUCUGAUACAAGCCCCAGUGAUUUGCUUUAUAACCUCUUCUCAGGUUAUUCAGAAGAUGUGGUUUAAAUCUGCAGGGAGAUGUUUGAAUGUGAAAAUGAGGCUUGGGAAUAUCUGUUUCACUUUAUUCUCUUCAUUUGUUCAUGGAGCAUUUCCUUAGAUACUCAAAUCUUCCUCAGCUCCUUUCUUAAAGACACAUUUGGAAGUGUCUUUCUUAAACAUAUAUACUUGAAUCUUGAGAAAUUAAGCUUUUCCUUUUAAUCUAGUCCAGAAGUUGGAUUUCAGUGAUCCUUGAGGAUCCCUUCUAGCUCAGAGUUUUCUAUGGUUCAUCCAAUGUACGUUGAUUUAACGUUGCUUUUAUUUUUAGGAUAAACCGAAAAGCUCAGGGCAACUGAUCUUCAACAGCCCUGAUGCUCUCAUCUGGGGUGGAGUCUCUCCUCGAUUCCUCUGUGUCUGCUGUAACAGAGGAGUUGUACCCUGGGCUGCCAGAGAGCUUCUCCAGGGACCUGAUGGCAGUGCCAGGGCCCAGCCUGGCCGUGGAUGCGCAGUCGGACGGGCCGGUGCCCGUGCUGGCACACAGGGAUGGGCCAUGGACUUCUGCCCUGGGAAACUUCUGCCACAAGACACAGGAUCUGGGUGACGUGCUCCAGGUGAUUUCUCAUGGGCCAGCAGAAUCCUUUCCUGAAGAAUUACUACAGGCUGGAGAUCUUGCAGAGGAUGAAAAAAGCAGAAAAAGACACUUUAGGAAAUUAGACUGUUCUGGUGAUGGGUACCAGAAAGAAGAUGAAGAGGCACAAGGUGCUGAGGACCAUCAUGCUGAAUGUUGUCCUUUAACUCUGGGGAAAAGUUGGUCAGAACAAGAGGACCCUCACCUAAAUGAGCAAGAGGCAAAGUCUUUGAGAACCUAUUGCACUGAAAUUACAGGAUCUCUGAGGAGAACAGAAGAAAACCAAGCAAAUGUUCAGGUGACAGCUGAAACUCUGCCAAAGCUCACUGAACAAGUACAAGGUAUGAAGGCUGAUGGGACUAGGAUAUUUAGUAAAGCAGGAUACAGGAGUGACAGAGUGAGUACAGGUCUUCCACCCGAGGGCAAUCAAAGCCCACUCAUGGCCAGAGCUGGGGUUUCAGAAACCAGCAUCUUAGGGUUUUUAGGGCCUUUAAAAGUCAUGGACGUUGGAGCAGCUGCAGAUCAUCCACAAAAAACAAGUGACUAUGGUGGGUCAGAAGCCCGUGCUGCCACGCCCUUGGGAACAGGGGGGAGUGGUGUGUCUGUGUUGGAGGUCAGAGAAGAAAAGUUACCCAGACAAAAUCCGCUUAAGGAAUUCAGUACGUCAUUUGGUAAUUGCCAGACUUGUCAGCAGGAUGAAGAAAAUGAUGCUUAUGACUUCUUUAAGGGUCCUGUACCUGAACAAAAGGCACCUCAGGAGGUGUUCUCAGCAGAAAGCUGUAGAACACUCUCCACACAAAGAUCUAAAGUUUUAUGUCCUGUUCUGAAAAGCAGCUGUUAUCUGGACUUGGGAAAUGUGCCACCAGAAGGCAGUUCUGCAGUUCACAGAAUUCUCAGUGAAACCCCCCAGAAGUACCUUCCCCAGAACAUCAAACACCACACUCUUUAUGAUCACGGAACUGGGUUUUUAAAAAGCCAAACCUCCACAUCUGCACCACUAGAGAAGAUCUCAGUGGUAAGGAAAAAAGGAUUAUCUAGUGCAAGACCUGAUCCUAGGGAAUUAAGUGCUGCUAUAGGAAGAUCAUGCAGCUCUGAAUCUGAAGAAGCUGCUGAAGUCUGGAGAAGAAUUGCUGUGGGAGAUAACGUUGAAAUUUGUAGCUGGCCUGAAGCUCAAAAGGCUGCUAACUCUGAGCAGUGUCAUUCUCCAGUUUUUAGUUCUGUUGCUUCAUCUCCUGAGGCGUUCUCAAAAGAAAAAUUUAAAAUAUUCCCAUCAGAAGGUGAGAAGCUGAAAAAGGACCAGUGGCAAUUCUCUGUCAGUGACCCAUGCAAGAAUGAUACAACAGAAAAUAGUUUGUGUGUGGAAAUGAGUACCAUUGCUUCCCGUGAAACUGGGCAGAGAGACAUCUGCUCUUACAGUACUGCCAACAAAAUCCCUCCUCUCAGUAACCACAGCUGUCUUCAGCUUGGUACCAAGCUAGGAAAAGACUCACCCAGGGCACAACUGCUUGAAAAGGAAUCUGGGAGCAAUAAAACAUCAGAAGAGUUGGCUGGUGGUUUAGCUGGAGCUGCAGAAGCUGAUGGUAAUAACAGAUUAUCCACUGGGAAGAAAACAAAUUUGUUUUAUACACUAAAUGUAACUCUACCUCCUGUUUUACAACAAUCAAGAGAACCUCAUUAUAAGGAGUGUCUUCCUUGUACUAAUAAUGAAGUUUCAUGCAGGGACAAGGCCUGGGAUAACUGGUCUAGAAAAGAAUUAAUUGCUGCUUCCGGAACACCAGUGGGAAAAGUUGCUGAAGUUUUGCUUCAUAAAGACAAAUUCAAGUCUUCUGUAAAUUCCAUGACUUUUGAUAGCCCUAAUACAGCAAGCAGAGUAUCCCAAAUGAAUAUAAAAUCUUCUGCAGGAAAUAUGGAGAGAAUGGUCAUUGGUUUAGAAAAUGAACAUUGUCACACAUGGCUUUAUAAUAACAAGAGUACAAAAAAACAGUGUACAGCUGCCAACACUUCCUGUACUUUAUCAGGGAGUACAUGUGGGGAUGAAGUUUUCCUGAACAGUCAGUCUUUUGGUGCUGAAGUUGAUAAGAUUGAAGAAAAUGAUCAUUUGGAAGGAGUGUCUUCAUCAGGAUAUAACAGUAAAGAGGCAACGAUCUUUCCAAAAGCACACACCCCUUUGGCACGGGGAUCUCUUCUUUGGGAAAAUGACUGGGGCAGCAGAGGUAGAGCUCUACAUGGUACAAAUUAUAUUUCCACAGGAAAAAACAUGUUUUGCUCAGCAUAUACUGCAGAGAAGUCUGCUGCUACCUUGGCAAGAGGUGAGGUUUCAAAUGAGAAUAUGGAGGUUGUGGAACAAUUUGAUCUUUGUAAAGCAAUGUGCAGUGAAAUUGUUUGUGACGGAGAUGAGGCAAAAGAACACAUUGGCAUGUGUGCUUCCCAGAUAGAGCAGUUUGAUAAAACAAAAGCUGUGGAUUCCCCCAAUGCUCCUGAAGGCAAUCAGAGAAAUAGGACUCGUCAACAGCUAUUCAUCAGAUCUAACAAAAACACCUGUGCUCAUAAUUUUGGAUUUUACAACUCUGUGUUAGGCCCAUGGAAGAGAGAACAUGGGCAGGAAGAAAUGCCAUUGCUCCCAGCUGAUCCCUCUGAGUGUGACCCACAGCCAGCCCUGGACAGUGGGAACGUUCCAACACAACGUGCUGAGGAGAGCCUUUGUCCCUUGGGAAAUCCAUUUCGUCCCUGUCAGAGUGAGUGUGAUGUCCCAGUGCUGGGCAGUGAGCAGCAUUUAGAAAGUUCAACCAACCAACCAAACUCUGGCUCACAAAGCACAACCGGUUCUGUGGAAAGAGACAAAACUGAUCCCAAUCACAGUGAAGAGGUUCUGCUAAGAACAGGUGGUGACCUGCCUCUGUUAGACCAUACAUGUGCAAGAGAAACCAGGUUUAAAGGAGCUGUACAAGGCAAUGUAAUGGGUUUGGACUCUUUAAUUGGUGUGAAAAAUGAAGAUUCUUCACAAUCCAUGGACUCCAUUAGUGAUCUGAUUGAAGAGAAGACAAUCAGACUACAAGAACAUGAGAACAGAUGUGAAAGAAACAAUAAAGGAGCUCUUGAAGAAAACUUUUCUGAUGACAAAGCACAGUGCUCACAGCAGGCUCGUUUUAUCCAAUGUGCAAAAGAGCAAGCAGAGCUGGUGUUUGCAGGAAACAAAAUGCAGCAAUCUUUGCCAAAGAUAAAGUGGUUGGUGGAGAACCAGGAAAAUACAAUUGGUGCUCAAUUUCUGCCCAUUUCAUCAAUUCAUGGGAGUCUCUCACACAAGCCAGAAAACAGGAAUUUGCUUUCAGAUACAGAAAACAGAGAAAGUCUGAGUAUAAAUCCUAUCUCAAACAACUUUCACCCACAGUUAACUAUUGAGCCUGGUAAAGAAACUGAUGCUCAAAGUGGCGUUGGUCCAUCUCAUUUUGGAAAGUUUGACAUCCAGGAAUCUUGUGUUGAGACUCAGGCAGAUUCAGAAACUGUGUCAGCUCUGAACUCUCACAUCUCUCUGCCUGAGAAAGAAAAGCUGUGUAUGUCACCCAAGAGUACACAAAGAGAUAAUUGUCAUUCAUCCUGGUGAAGAGAAGUUGAAGAACACCUGUGUACAAGAGAUGAUAGGAAAAGAGGAAGCCCCUAGAGGAAGGCUGCCCAAAGAUUGUUCAUGGGACUUGUUGGAAGAUUCUGAAGAGUCUGGUAGCAAAAUAGCCCCCCUCAGGACUGAGAAUUAUGGAAAGGUUUUGGAAGAAAUCCCAAGAUCCAAAUUAAAUAGUCUUUCAGAAGAAAGACAGAAUGAUACAAAGCUCCCAAACUCAGCAGGUACCAGUGUACUUUCAGAAACUGUGCAUGGUUGUCAGGCUGGAGCUGUAUCUGCCACAAAGGCUGCCCCAGAAGUGCAGGAUGAUGCAACGCCCACGUUUUCUCCUCCUCUGAGCACACUAUCAGACAGCUGCCAAGAACCAUCCCCAAACUGUGUGGUUUGCAGUGAAGCGUGGGUGCCUUACAAACUGAAUGCACGGAGCAAAGAUAAUGUAAAGGAAGUAACAGAAAGCCAGGACAAAAUACCAACAGGUGCAGUUUGCAAGGAGAAUGGGGCUUUAUGUUCAGAGAGAGCUGAUCAAAUAGAGGAACGUCAAGUAUUUAUACAGAAGAAGUAUGGAAAGAUGGAAGCACAUCAGUUGGGCAAGGCACAACAAGAACAGAAGUUAGAACAUCAGGAGAAAGCAAAAAUCAUACUGCAGCCAAGUGUGCUGCACAGUUCUGAACUCUUAUGCAGCUCUUCUGAGUUGAUGACAUCCAGAAGUACGAACUUGGGGGGUCCUUCAGAGGAGAUUGUUGCUGUAAGAGGCAGUGAAAGUAAACUAUGUAGCACUUUACAAGAAGUUAAAAGGCCAAAGAUUACCACAGAUUUUAUUAGCUCACAGUUUUUGAAGACUCAGGAUUCAGAAAUGAAAAACCUGAACCUUAAUUUAGGGUAUGAUGGGAUCCCUGGUGCCUUUGGAACUACAAAUAAACGAAGAGGAACUACAAAUAAACUUCCAUUAAAAAUACAACCUGGAAGGACAUGCAAAAAAGUUCGCACAUUGUAUCAGCUAAAAACUGUAAGAAAAAUGAAAACAAUGAAAAGUUCACCUGUCUCUGAGAUUCCCCUGGAAAUAUUCCCUAAACAGGAAAACCCGCUUCUGGAAUCUUUGUACUUUGCAUGUAAAGCACCAACAGUGGAAAAGGAAACAGCCAUGAGAUUUGUGCAUAUGCCAAGGCAGAGGGCCAAAAGGUGCAGUUUGUUGAACAGCUUGAAAUUUAGAAAAUGUACCAAAGAACCAGCAUUGCUGAGCAAGUUGUCUGCAAUGGCCAGCAAGCUCCUGGCCCCUGCCAAAAGCAGCCGUGACUUAGAACCUCUGCCAUCUUCUUCUGAAAUUCUUCCAGUGCGUGACAGGUACAGCCAGUGCAGAUCUAAAAAUCUCUUGGAAGCCUUUUCUUGCAUUAACAGGAACGUACACUCACGCUGGGCUGACAGCUGCUGCACCAAGAUGUUCAGCUUUCAGCCUUUGGCACUUUAUCCUGUAGAAACUACCAAAAUAUUUUCUUCAGAUUUAAGCCACGAGCCUCCAGCCCCUUUCUUGGACACCUCAGUUUUCCCAAUUUCUUGCCACAUAAAAUUGAACUCCAGUCCUGUGACAGACCUCAGAGGGAUUACAUCCCAGCACUCUGUACAGCACAGCCCAGUUUUCAGAGACACUCCAGCACCAGCUUCAAAGUGGACUUUGUCUUUUCUCUUUUCUCAGAGCUGUUCAGAUACAACAGCUUUCCAUUUCCAGGAAGAUUCCUGUGUAAAUAAUGAUCUUCAUUCCUCUCACUCCACAACAACCCCCAGGACUGUUGCUGUUCAUCCUGAUCCUGGAAGAAACACUGGAGCUGGAAGAAGAGGAGGUUGUUCCAGGCUCGGCCUUCACACAGUUUUGGCACUUUCUUCCCCUGGAUGUUACAGGAUUUGGACAAGAAGAAGAAACUUAACCAGCCAUAUUCCUACCAUCCAGAGACUGUUUAUGUCCCAGCUGGCCCAGGGUUUGAAAGGGGCCAGGCUGCCGAGCUGUGUCCCCCAAGGCCUGGUGUCCUCACUGCCCUACUCCCUGGGCAGGGUGUUGUCCAUUUGGAGUCAGCACGGUCCCGCUGGCUGUCCUUCCGAAAUCACUCCUCUCCUUUCCAGUCACUGCAAGUGGCAGCCAAGUGUGGCCAUCGACAACAGCUGUGCCAUGUUACCACACUCAGCUGUGCAGAGUAUGGGAGCACUGCAGCCUGCAGGCUGUGCAAUCCAUCUGGAAACUUCAUUCCCUCCUGCAUCCCCAAAGCCUCACACACUUCCAGAGCCAUUGCCAUCUCCCCCCAGGCUUUCAGCAUCCGAGCUCCACAUCCCUGCCCUUGAUGAAGCAGAUGCUUCUGUUCCAGCCUGUCUGAGAUCCCAAGAUGACACAGAACUGAAAAAAACUGAGCCAGAAAAGAGGCCAAAGAAAGUCUCACAGAUCCGAAUCAGGAAAACUGUUCCUAAGCCAGACCCUAACCUUACUCCAAUGGGACUGCCCAAACCAAAAAGGCUUAAGAAGAAAGAAUUUAGUUUAGAAGAAAUUUACACAAACAAGAACUAUAAGUCCCCUCCUCCUGCCAGGAGCUUGGAAACAAUCUUUGAGGAGCCCAAGGAGAAGAAUGGCCACUUGAUCUCUGUCAGCCAGCAAAAGAGAAAGCGGAUCCUGGAGUUUCAGGACUUUACCCUUCCCCGGAAAAGGAAGACACGAGGCAAAGUCAAAGCAGUGGGGAGCUUCACCCGGGCAAAAAGAGCUGCACUGCAGAGUGCAGAGUUAGAUGUUCUUCUGAGUCAGAAGCUGAUGGACCUUGAAGCCUUUUUUGCAGAGGAGGUUGAGCAGGAGCAGCCCUCCAGCAUCUGAGGGAGCCACUUAGCUGGAAUGGUCCCGUCAGCUUCUUUAGUAGUUUUUUAUGGGAGAAGUCUACUGACUUCUCCAUACCCUACUCUGCCACUGCUCUAACAUCUGAUAAUCAAGUUUUUGCCUGGGACCCUCUUUAAGGUGCUAAAUUUUUUUUAAAUGCUGUUGGAGGGAUUCUUUUAAGUCCCUGUUUGAGUGUAGCACAGCCACGUGAAAUUUACCCUUCCUUUCUCAACCUCUGGAAAUUACUGCUUAUAUUUAAUUAGUUAUGUUUAUAUAUCUUUUGGGGGUAGAGUAGCAGUGUCAGGGAGGAAGUAGUGCACCUCCAGUGAUGCUAGAACUCUGUACUCCAGAUCAUUUGCACAUUUGAGUCUGCUGUUGUUACUGCAAUGGCUAUUUUUAACAAGCUGACAAAAGAGAUAUGGUGUUUGAUAAAGAAGAAUUCUAGCAAACACAUUCUUGAUAAACCACUAACCUUUUGAGAAUUAAAAGUAGAUGUCUAGGUUUUCAUUCAAUUGUUUCUUCCUUCUGUUAACUUAGAAGGUUCCUUCUAAGUAUCUUUGCCCUUCCUGGCUCCAGGCAGCAGAAGCCCCACAUAAUUAAGACAUUAAAUAACUUGCACUUUGUAUAUGCUGCUUUUAACACAAUUCAACUCAAAAAAGGUCAUGUUUUAAGGAAAAAUGGUGCCCAGUACUAUUUUUUCCCAAAUAGAAUAUUUUUUUACUUACUUGGCUGAUGCCAACUUGUUCUCCAGAGGAAAAGGUAAUUGGUCCAUGAGGGUGUUAAGCUGCAGGAUACAUAGGCAGAGAUUUUUAUUUAACUGAGCUGAGCUGCUGCAUGCAGGGAAGACCAGCAAAAUCUUUGAUACUUAUUUUAAAGUUAUUUUAAUUCCAUUCAUACUAACUUGAUUUUAAUGUCAACAAGAAGGGUUUGGGGUUUUUAUUACCAUUUUAGAUUUACAGUUCCUGUAGCUCAUAAUUAAAUACUCUCUGUACAGCACUGUUGUAGAUAAUAGCCAGUGCUGUACAAAGAGCCUCUGAGUAUGUGGACAUUGUUUUUAUUAUGUAAGGCCAUUUGUAAUUAUCUGAUGCAGCACUGGGCAAUUUCUCAGCUCUACCUUUGGAAGGAAGAGAGCUCCCUUCUGGUAUAACUUCUGUUAAACUUCACUGGAAGCAUAAAUCCAAUGCUAGCUGCUGUUCAGGUAAUUUCUGUCCCUUAGUGCCUAGAGAAGUUAUUCAGGCAAAGUUGUUGUUGCUGGGAUGCUCAAAUUUAAUUAGUCUGUUCUUUCUUUCACUUGUCACUUGAACUUGCACUUUCUUAUUUAUCUACCCAUAUAAUAGAGUUUCGAUUUACCUUCAAAUUGAGCAAAUAUCUAAUGGGUGGGUAUUUUUUAUAAAGUCCCAAUAAAUGCAGGACUGCAAAUACCAUCAUUAUCUUCUGUUGCUCUACCACUUCUGUUACUGACCAAACAGAAAACUAAAUGUUAACAAGCAAUCUGUUGAAUUGCAGAGCUUUGAGAGUAGAGAAAUGGAAGAGAAUUAUUACACUGUGUGUGCCUGAAUCUUGAAAGAAAUCUAAUCUGGGUUUGUUUUGCUCCCAGCUUAUGUGCUGGGAUUUGUAGAAGUUUAUAUUCUUGUUUUGAAGGCUAGUUAUCUUUAAUCAGGAAGACUGAAGAAAAGAGAGGAGUGCACACUUAGAGUAGUAGUGUUUGGAGUUUGAGGAUAAAAUAGCAAGGCAAACUUUGAACAUAUUGACAUAGUAUUUUUCUGGUUAACUUACUGGGCUGUUGUAGAACAUUCUAAUUGAUUCUCUUUAUUUUUGUAAAAAGAAAUCCCUAAAAAACAAAGAUCAAUUGCCUCCUAAAAAAUGUUUGAAAGUUUCCCUAUGUUGGCUUAUUAGCCCAAUUAUUGACUAGUUGGAAGUGGUAACAAGAGUGAGAGAUAUAUUUUUAUGGAUUUGUGCUAUAGAAUGGGAUUGUUACAGAGCAUUCAUUCACCUUCUAUUAAUAUGGGAGGCUUCCAGUGACCAAUUAAGCUGUAAGUAAUUAAGCCUACUGGGGCUUUCAAGGAAAUAGAUUGGGGUGGGGGGGAAAGAGACUUGGGUCCAGGAGAAGUUCAGACUCCAAUGUGCUUCAAAACAUGGAAUGUGUUGAACCUUUUCCUUUGGGUUGUGUUGGGUUUUGUUUAGGGUGGUUUUUUUUUUUUACUUUCUUCCCUGUUCUCUCUUGUUUCUGAUUGCAUUGAAAUAAGAUUUAUGAACUUUUUUUCCUACAAACUACAGUGGAGAGAGCAGAGCAAAAAAAAACACUCAAAUACUCUUCAGUUUACAGAAAUUGGGGGAGUUACAAAAUGAUGUUGCAGUUGUUUAGCUUCUCCCUGGCCUCAGUUUGUGGAAACCCAAACACACAGCAUUAUUCUCUUUCAGUUUAGUGUUUGUAUGACAAUGUAAGCUAGUGGAGACCAAGCAUCUCUUCCCCUCCCCAGCAUACAGGUGUCAGUCCUGCUUAUGCACUUUUUUGUUUUUUCCUUUCCCACCUCUGUUUCUGUUUACAGCACUCAUGGUGGAACAGCCCUGUUCCUUGUGGCUGCUGCUUGUACACUGGGAGUGGUGACUGGGUAAAAGCUGGGCAGUUCCACUCUGAGCUGCUUCUGGCACAGCUAAUUAAAAGUAAAAAGUGUAGAGAAUUCAUUUUUGGGGUCAUGCAUACAUCUCUAGCAGAAGGAUGUGUACACUUGCCUUUUCAUUAAGUGGACCCACUCCAGUGGGGAUGUUUUUGUGUCACCAUGGAAAGUACAUCACAAACUGAUGGCCAGAACAGCCUGAGAAGGAUUGCAAAGCUUUUGCCAUGUCCUGUCUCUUAGUAGAGCCAAGCAGCUCUUUGCUAAAUUUGCUGAUUGUCAGAGAUAGAAGGAUCACUUAAAAAAAAAAAAAAAAAAGAAGAAAAAACUCAUUGUUUUCAUCAUGCUAUGACUAGAGCAGCUAAGGCUCCUUAAUGUAUGUACAGCAUUUGCCUGCCUGGCUUGUGUCUGCAUACAUUUGAGUUCCUGUGCUUGCUGGAGCUGAGUUCCUGCAAGCAGUUCCCAUUCAUUGUAUUUUAUUUCAGGUGGGCCUUUGUUAUAUCAUGUUCCAGGUGCUUUUCUAGAAUAUGGAUAGUAACUGUGGAUUACAAGUCUGUAUGAUGCUAUCAAGGUAACAAAUAGCUCACUGAGAAUUUGUACAUUUGUGCCAUUAGCCUCCAUCAUGCUCUUGGCAUUUUGUUUCUGUUCAAUAUUGUGUGAAUCUAAAAUUUUACUGUUUCUUUUGUGUGUGUUUUUAAUUUAUGGAAAUAAAUUUUUCUGAGAACUU